AAGUUCGCAACCAAACAGAUUAUAAGGCCCUUUGUCUCGUCCCGCCAGUUCAUAUACGUUUAGAACUUCAAAAUUAAAUUAAGAAAAAUUGAAAAGUGAUGAAACUAACGGAAAACAAAAUCUAAAUUGCAUAACCGUUCCUUAUUAUUGUUCAAAUGAAUCAUCAAACCUCACAAUCCUUUGGCUCUCAGCCACAUUUCUACGUAUCACUUCUCCAAGACAGCCUGAAAACAAAAAAACCGUUUUCCAUAAAGUUAAUCCAUGGCAGUAUAAUCAAAUCCGGCCUCCAUUUAGGCGUUUUCCUUAUGAAUAAUCUCAUCAAUGGUUAUGCCAAAACCGGGUUUUUAUCAUAUGCUCGUAAAGUGUUUGAUGAAAUGCCUGUGAGAGAUACUUCUUCUUGGAAUACACUUUUAUCUGGGUAUUCGAAACAAGGUUCGGUUAAGGAAACAUAUUUGAUAUUUAAGGAAAUGCCUUAUCGCGAUUCUGUUUCGUGGACUACUAUGAUUGUUGGGUACAAUUUGGUUGGUCGUUUUCAGGUUGCAAUUCAGAUGUUUCUUGAGAUGGUUGCUUCUGAUGUUUUGCCAACCCAGUACACGUUUACAAGUGUUCUUGCUUCUUGUGCUGCAAUUAGAGCACUAUACGAGGGCCAGAAAGUUCACUCCUUUGUUGUUAAAUUUGGGUUGAGUAGUCAUGUUUCCGUGGCAAAUUCUCUGUUGAAUAUGUAUGCCAAGUCAGGUGAUGCAAAUGCAGCUCGAAAUGUUUUUGACAGGAUAGUUGUGAAGAACACCUCAAGCUGGAACGCGUUGAUCUCGUUGCAUAUGCAGGCUGGUCGGGUAGAUUUAGCACUGACACAAUUUGAGCAAAUGCAUGAGCAUGACAUAGUUUCGUGGAAUUCAAUGGUUACAGGCUAUAAUCAGCACGGCUUCGACGUUCUAGCUCUUAAUAUGUUUUCCAGAAUGCUUAAAGAAUCUUCACUGGGACCUGAUAGAUAUACUUUAGCUAGUGCUUUAUCAGCGUGUGCUAAUCUUGGGGAGUUAAGUGUAGGAAAACAAAUCCAUGCUCAUCUUAUCAGAACUGAAUUUGAGACGUCGGGAGCUGCUGAGAAUUCUUUGAUUUGCAUGUAUUCCCGAUGCGGUGGCGUAGACAUUGCUCGAAAAAUUUUGGAGAAAAAUAGAGAGUCCAGUCUAAACGUCAUUGCAUUUACUGCACUACUGGAUGGGUACAUAAAGCUUGGUAAUAUAAGUCCAGCAAGGAAGAUCUUUGACUCAUUGAAGGACCGUGAUGUGGUUGUCUGGACAGCCAUGAUUGUUGGUUACGUUCAAAAUGGCCUUAAUGAUGAUGCAAUGGAACUCUUCAGGUCAAUGGUUAAAGAAGGGCCAGACCCCAAUAAUUAUACUCUAGCAGCAAUGUUGAGUGUCUGUUCAAGUGUGGCAUCCUUAAAUCAUGGUAAGCAAAUCCAUUCAGCAGCCAUUAAGUCAGGGGAAGCAUUAUCAGUUUCUGUUAGCAAUGCCCUGAUAACUAUGUAUGCCAAGGCUGGAAAUAUCAGCUGUGCGAGGAGAGUAUUUGAUUUGAUACGCCUGAACAGAGACACAGUCUCUUGGACUUCCAUGAUCUUGGCUUUAGCUCAGCAUGGACUUGGAGCUGAAGCCAUACAAUUGUUUGAGGAUAUGCUUGCACUUGAAAUGAAGCCUGAUCAUAUCACGUAUGUUGGUGUUCUUACUGCUUGCACACAUGUAGGAUUGGUCGCUCAAGGUCGUAAUUAUUACAAAAUGAUGAACGAGAUGCACAGAAUUGAACCCACCUCCAGCCACUGUGCUUGCAUGGUUGACCUCUUUGGUCGUGCUGGGUUGCUAGAAGAAGCACAAGACUUCAUAGACAAGAUGCCAAUUGAACCAGAUGUGAUUGCAUGGGGUUCACUUUUAGCAUCUUGUAGGGUUCACAAAAAUGUGGAGCUAGCAAAAGUUGCAGCCGACAGAUUGCUUUCAAUUGAUCCUGAAAAUAGUGGGGCCUACUCAGCACUUGCUAAUGUGUAUUCUGCUUGUGGAAAAUGGGAGGAAGCUGCCAAGAUCAGAAAAUCAAUGAAGGAUAGACAGGUCAAGAAAGAACAAGGAUUUAGCUGGAUUCAGUUAAAAAAUGUAGUCCAUGUCUUUGGGGUAGAUGAUGGGCUUCAUCCACAGCGAGAUGCUAUUUACAAGACAAUGGAAAAAAUCUGGGAAGAUAUAAAAAAGAUGGGAUUCAUUCCACACACCGAGUCAGUGCUGCAUGAUCUUGAUAAUGAGGUGAAAGAGCAGAUUCUUAGACAUCACAGUGAGAAGCUUGCAAUUGCAUUUGGGUUAAUAAAUACCCCGGAGAACACUACUUUAAGGAUCAUGAAGAACCUUAGAGUUUGUAAUGACUGUCACUCAGCAAUCAAAUUUAUCUCCAAGCUUGUAGGGCGAGAAAUUAUUGUUAGGGAUGCCACUCGUUUUCACCAUUUUAAAGGAGGUUUCUGCUCUUGUCAUGACUACUGGUAGGUCUUGAACCAAAUUUUAUCUAGAAUUCCACAUCAGAGCUGCUGAAGAAAAGUAAAAGAAAAAUCUACGAUGCUGGAUGACAAAAAAAAAAGGAAUCUGAGUUUGAGCAACUCAUACAUAAAGGUAAACAUUACUAUGAAGUAUGCCUUCACUGAUGGUAAUGUUGUACAGCUUUGCCACCCUGUAAGUUGCUCCAUUACUAUUAGGGAUGCCACUCGUUUUCACCAUUUUAAAGGAGGUUUCUGCUCUUGUCAUGACUAUUUGUAGGUCUUGAACCAAAUUUUAUCUAGAAUUCCACAUCAGAGCUGCAAAGUAAAAGAAACAUCUACGAUGCUGGAUGACAAAAAAAAAAAAGGAAUCUGAGUUUGAGCAACUCAUACAUAAAGAUGCAGAAUACAUGAUUCCACUUUGCUGUUGCUCUAGUUUGUGGCUACAUGCAGUGGUGGAGCAGGUGACAUUUCUAGAUGGAUUUUCUGACAUUGUCUCAUAGUGAGAUCUUUGACUGAGACAGAGUUUGGCUAUUUCAAUGUUCAAGUGUACCAUUGUGGGGCCUUAGUUCUAAGACCCUAGAGGAAUUAUAUUCUCCGACUGUGAAGAUCUUAAAUGCUGCAGUUGGGAAAAAAAGGGUCAGAACCACUUGGCCAAGAAAUGGGAGUUGAUAAUUCUUCGGCACAAUCAUAUUGAAGACUUGUACAUUUCCAAUCUUAUUAAAGACUUGUUUGAGGCAAUAGGCUAAUACUUUGCAACAUUGAGGCUGGGUUGCGGGGAUGCAGAAUUACAGAUUGUUUUUCAUCCCUCGAACAUUUUCAAUGGUGUUGGCAGUUUAAUCUCUUAAGAUUUUCAACAUGACAAAUAUCAAUUUGAGAAUUUGAUCGGGAAUGAGAUGAAUAAACUUGCAUUCAGGAAAUGAUAUUUGAUUGUAAAGAGAUCCAGGGAUUCAGACUAUGGCGGGUCAGAAGAUCAAGUAUAGGCAACAAAGAUAUCAAUCCUGAAGGCAGACUUCAAGCAUCAUGGUGGGUGAUUGAUGGUUGGAGGUCCGACUGAAAGUAGGUUAAGUUACACAGAUACGGUAAAUUUCCAAAACAAGAGGAAUGCUUGCAAGUAUAGAGUCAGCUAAUACCAUAGGUUACCAAAGAACCGACUUGCUUUAUAACUGCUACAUCUAUAAAUUCAGUAUGAGAGAACCAACAAGCUCUGCAGCUCUGGGUAUGAGAACCAGAAAAGUGACGAAGUGGUCAAAGAAGAUGGGGGGUGUGAAGAAAUGGUGGGGAAAAUGGGUAGGAAACUUGAAGAGGAAGAAGACGAUUAGAAUAAGAAGAAGAGCAGUGAUGAAACAGUUGGGAAAGAAGGUGGUGAAUAGGAGGGUGAAAGGAAGAAGAAUGAGAAGAAAACUGACAAAAAGAGUAAGAAGGGUAGUGGUUAUGUUACCAUGGAGAAGAAGAAGAAUUGAGCAAAGGAGAAGAGAAUUGCAGGCCAUAAUUAGAAGGUAAAUACAAAGUAUGGGGCCCUGGGAUUGGGGAAGACCUCGGGGCAGAGCUGAAUGUUCAACAACAUGGAGAGAACUAGUGUAUGAAGACAAUAAAGCUGAUAUUCAGAGAUAGCUUCCUUCUGUACUCUUCCUCACCAAAGCCUGUGUCUUUAUUAUUUGAUAAUGUAUCAGUACUGAGCAAUUUUUGAAUGUUAUGUUGAGUUGAUAAUAGAUUAUUAUAUCAUUUAUGAAUCCAAGAAAUUUAUCAUAUAGCG